UAUCCUCACUCCGGAAGCAGCAUGGAGAGGAUGGCCGUGGUGGCCAUGCUGGAGCGUUCUGGAAGGCCGGCAGAGGCCCUCCGAGCUGGAACGUGUGGAUGCCAUGUCUGUCCACCACUCCACCCCGCCCCGAUCUUGUCCCUUAAGGGAGUGGGUAUACCAGCCACAUGCAGAGCCCGAGGGCUUGACGGUGCUUGCUGUGGGGGAAAGUCUCCAUCUACAGACUCAGAAGAGGGACCCCAACGAAAGUGGGUGGCGGGGGUGGGCUGCGGUUGAGCAUUCCCUGCGGGAAGAAGGCUUCCCAGGGCCCUUCAGCCCCAGACAAAGGCUUUUGUCCCCGAGACUCCCACACUUCAGCCAAGUUCCCGUUAAUAACUGUCUCCUCUCGAGAAACCAAACCCCGAGAUCACUUGCUUUGACUUCUUAGGGCCAGAGUCCUGUUCCCCAAACUGAAUUGGUGAGAUUCAUGGAGGGUGCCCCAGCCCUAGAAACGAGGUCAGAUAUGUCCGAUUUCGUGCUUUGGGGGCGUGGGUGGCCCAAGGGUGCCUGGGCUGGGAGCCCUUCUUCCCCGGCCCCUGGCGAGUCCUGCACAGCAGUGACCCCCUGGAGCAGCAGGUGUCCCGCACCCAAGGGGAAGCAGAUGCCCCCCCUGCGGGGGGAGGGGCGGCAGGCAUCGCUCGGGGAUCCUGGGACAGCUGGGAGAAGCCCCGCAGGGAGCACUGGCAUGUGCUCCCAGGCUGGGGAGGAAAGGAUCUUCUCGCUCAGAGCCCCUCCUUAAACACCGAAAGGGCACACGUGCCAGACCUUCGUGAUGCCCCUGCGUCCGGGCCGUCCCCCUACUCGUCACCCCAGCUGUUUGGAGCCAAAUCUUUGUGUUUGCUAGACCCACAGCAGGUGUCCUGCCAGGCGCUUGCCCUCCGCCCGGCUUGUCGGCUUGUCGCUAUCCCUGACUUCACCCCUGCUCUGAUGUCAUAGGCCAGCAGCUCUGUCGUUCCCGUGGCAGCAGCCUGCCACAGUUCACCAGCUGGGGCAGACGCCGGGCCGCUGGUGGAGGUGGGGAGCUGCGAUUCCAGCCUGCUUUGUGAUGGGUGUCUCACUACCUACCAAGUCAGCCCAAUGAUUUCAAGACAAUCCUGUAGGAAGUGCUUCUUUCCACCUGGCCGGUUUCUACCUCCCUGUAAUGUGUUCUCGGUCUAGCUCUGUCAUCUGGAGACGUGCACAGGGCUCGCUCUUCUCAGAACGCUCCGGGCAGCAGAGUGUGCUGUGGUCGUGCGGGCUUCGCGUGGGGCGGCCGUGGCAACUGUGGCUCCCCGGCCCCUCGCGCCUUGACUCCCGCUCUUGGUUCCUGCCACCGUCGCUCUGAAGCCGCGUCCGCACAGGUCACCGACAUGAAAAGAAAUGCAGACAGAGCCGCUCAGCUGAGUCCCAGCCCCGAGCAGCAGGCCCCGCGCUUAUGGCAGAAGCACAGGUUGCUACAGGUCCGUGAGAAGGGACCCCUGGCCCUGCAGAGACAAGACCUCCUGCAGCAGAAGAGCCCGCAGCCCCCGCGCCUGGCCGAGGAGCUGGAGGCCCCCAGCCAGCCCCAGCACGUCCGGGGCCUGGAGCACCUGUACUCAGCCCAUCGUUCAGGUGCUGGGGGAGUACAGGCCAGGGAGCACCGGCCUGACUCGGAGGGGCUGGCCCAGAGAGGAGCAGCCCGGCUGCCCAGGGCCCGGGAAAAGCACACUGCAGCCGUCCAAGAAGAGAAGAAUCGCAAAGAAGGGCUGGCUGGACGGCAGACCCGGCUUACCCAGCCCCAGAGGAAAGCCGCGGGCCCGGAGAAGCUGGGGGCUCCCAGAGCCACAGGCCUCACCCGUCGCCCCCUCUGCCCCCGCGAGCAGAAUAAGAGCAAGCGACCGCCUUUGAUGAAGGCCCGCGGUAGCCACCGUCCCGCUGAGCCCUGGAGGAGCAGAGGGGUGGACAGAGAAGAGUUUUUGGCUGUCCCGGGGGCAUUCGGGCAUCUGCGGAGAAGGGAGAAAGAAGGAGCCCGGGAUAGGAGGAGGCGACCGGGAAAGGGGGCAACUCCUCCUGGUCAGGGCCCGACAAAUAGCUCUCUGGAUCAGAGCCCCGAGGGAAACACAGAGAACCCAGAACAGCCGUGGUCCAUCGGCUGGACCCACAGAGGGGGUGCUGCGCCCCAGGUGUCUCUGUGCAGGUACGGGGACAAGAGCAGGUGGCAGAGGGAGCUGGAGUUUGCCUUCCAGGAGCUGUUCAACACAAACAGGGAGCUGAAGAAGCACUUGACCUUGCACCUUGCCCUGGGGCCCGCGGCGGAUCAGAGCGCCAGGGACGAGCUCAGCCCCCGCGACGUGCGAGAACCGAGGGGUGAGUCCCAGCGUGACAAGCCAGCGGUGGGCCCGGAAGCGGACGUGGAGCCCAGCGCAGAGCCCACGGGGCCAGCACAAGCAAAGGCCCUCCAGACCGAGUCCCGAACCAGCUUGGAGGAGUUCUUGAGCAACCUCAAGAACCAGAAAUAUCUCAGGCCGGCGACGUUCCCGUCUAAGACCAUGAGUGAACCGUUGUCUCCCAAGGCGGGGGUGUUUAUCGGCACAGAGAACCGGCUCCUGGGUGGCCUGGGCUCCAGGGAGGUGCUGGCCAGACCCGACCCGCUGGCGGAGGGCCCCCGGCGCCGGUGCCUACAAGAACAGGCAGACGGAACCAGCCUCAUGGCCUUGCGGCGGAGACCAGAUGGGCCGCGGGAGCCGGUGCCCCGGACGGGGCCCCUGGGCCUGAGCCGGGAACCCCGCUCCCAGGCUGGGCGGGAAGGGCAGAGAGAACAGAGAAGGGCAGGCCCGGCCCACCUGACGUCUUACUCCUCCCUAGACCCCGAGGAGGAAGGGGCCGACACCACUUCCCCCUGGGCCUCCGGCUUCAUCAUCGACGAUGACAGGCACAGUCAGAUGAUCCAUGACCUUCAGCAGCAAAUUGAAGAGCAAAACAAAUUGCACAAGCAGUUUCUCGCGGAAGCCAGGAAACGCUUGCAUGAGUUUCAGAGGAUAUGAUAAGAGCAAGCGAGCGUCCCACCCAUGAUAAAAAUACAUCGCUGAUAACGGGCAUGAUGCCGGAAAUGGUACCCGCGCCCAGAGAGUCUGUGUGUGUGUCCCCCUCCCCGUUCAGACCCCGUGGGCCCCCUCCCGGCGGGCCGCCUGUCCCCGCCGCCCCCCACCCCCACAGGCCUUCUACCCAAGUCCCAUCCGGGAAGGCUCCCUGGCACGACCCUGGGAACCUGUUGGGUAGGGCGCGGAGCGGGUCCGGAGGCUGAGGCCUCUGGCGCAGGCCGGGAGCUCAGCCAAGGGAUGCAGGUGAGGGAAGGAGUCCAGACGUUUUCAGCAGAUAAGCGCUGGACUUCAGGGGCGUCCAAGGUCAAGCGGGCAGAGUUUCAAAAGAUACAUCAUUUGUUGCUUGGCAGUUGGCUGGGACACGCAUGGGGAGACCGCGCUAACGUCUCUUUCGUCUUGCAAGUCACCAAAGCCAACCUCAUUUCAUGGGACUUGGCUUACGAUAUUCUUGUCACUUUAAUGUUGGGAAGGGAGACAGGGAGAGAGGCAGAGGAGAGGCAGGAGGAAGGGGACAAAGAGAAGACAGAGCCCCAGAGAAGAAAGGGGAGGGGUCCGCAGUAACGCAGCUUGCCAGCUGCCUCUGCCUGGGGCAGGCAGGGGUGGGGCGCCUGGCUGGCUGGUCAUGUCCCACCCCCGCUGCACCCCUGACCCCGCAGCCCUGGGGACCCUGCCUGGGUGGGAUGGGGUCUUCCGCCAGUGGCAGAUACUUAGAGACAGGAAUAGGGACGGAUAAACUUUUUCUGCAGAGAACCAGAUAAUAAACGUUCUAGGUUUGCCAGCCCACCGGUCUCUGUGGCCACGACCCACCCCUGCCACAGCACCUUGAAUGCAGCCCUAGACAGCACGUAAGUGGAUGGGCAGGGCCAGGUUCCCAGUAAGACUCUAUUUACAAAAAUGGGGAGGGGGGUACCUGGGUGCAGACCUCAAGCCAUAGUUAGGUGACCCCUGGACUGGCGUAGGGAGGACGUGGCUGCCUCCCUCCCUUUCUCCCUCCCCAGGACCACAGAAGAUCGUCUGUCUUGGGUCGUGGUGCAUUUCUAUCAUUGGUCCAUGAACGGCAUUCUGUCCCUUAGUGGAUACUUCCUGGAUAGCAUGACGAAGGACGUGAGCCUGCCAUCCAAACCCAGGACCUAGACUGUUUCUCAGAAACAGCUUCUGCCUGUGUGCUGCUUCCCUGUUCUGUUCCUCCUUAGCUGCGUGCCAGCCAGACUUGGGGCUCGUCCCUCCGUUUGCGGGCUGCACAGGGAGAUGUAGGGUGACCAGGCCCGUUAGAAACCCAAAUGCUUCCCUGGAGUGCAUCAGGCUCACGGAACCCCCACACAGGCCACUCAGACGGGGCGGGGAUGGCACCCUAUAAGUUUUGGGGAUACUUUUCAAAUCCCCAGCAGCCGGGGUGAGGGAGCUUUUACGAUCUCUCGUUUUUAAUCUCAUCGAAAGCAUCUCCCUGAGCUCCGUUGUCUUAUCUGGCUUUUCCAGGUUAGGUAGAGAAAAUGUUUGGUCCCAGCCCGUUUCCAUUCUGUCCUCUGCUGCUGGAAUGUCACGGGUCUGGGGCUGCAAAGCCAACUUGACCGUCUGAUCUGAGCCCAACAUGAGUGAGCAUGAAGCCCUGGGGCCAGGAGGGUCUGAGACUCCCAAGCCAGAUGAGGAUUAGCUGAGGGGAAGCUGGGCUGUGAUUGCAGGUUAUGGGGUCACCUGGGGCUCCUGCCUGCUGCUAAAGAGUUACUUUGGUCCCAGAGGGCGCCGUGGGAUCACGAGGUUUAAAGCCAUGGCCGUGAUGGGAUCCGAAGCCUGAGCGCCUGGAGGCUGCGGUCCGAUGAGUGGAGGAGCCUGCCUGCCGGGGGGUUAUUUUCGUUUCUACUUCCCAAGGUAGUAUUUGUGGCCUGAGUGUCCUAGGCGAGGAAGUGCCCCUUCUCGGCCACACUUGAGCUAAAAGUAGACAUAGGAGAUGGACAGGGAGACGAGGUAGAGGGUGAGUCACCGGUGCCCGACAGUCUCGCCUACCCUGUCCCCCGGCUGCAGGAUGAGACACCCUGCCCUUUCCCACCAGGGCUGCAGAGGGCUGGGGGCCACGGGUGCUGCUUUGCUCCCUGCAGAUUGCUCAGACGCACCUGGACAACGGUGCUAGAGGCCCUGGGACCCUGGGACAAUGCCACCAGGAAGAGUGGGGGCUCCUGGCAGGUUCCCAUGGGGCACGGCCAGGUGGCAGCAAGGAUUCCUGACACGAUGACUGUGUGCACCUUUGUCGUCCUGGCCCACUUCUUGCGUCUUCCCCUGGGGGUCCACCCUCUCCGAACACUGUAUCUUCUAGAACUUUCCAUGGGUUUCAUGCUGCUGCUCAAACAUUCGGGGGCAGCUUCCCUGUUUCCAUAUCAUUCUGAAUUUCCUAGAACAUUUACUGUCCGGUCCGAGGGUCCUCAUGCCUUUCUCCUCCGCCACCCAGCCAGGUGAGUGGUUAUGGGGUACAUGAUGAUACCUAGACCCUCAGAGAUGUAAAAUAAAGGGGAAAUGAAGGUUUUUAAAAUUGGGGCACAGGGCCCCCUCUCGGACCUGCAGCGGUUCUUCUGGUGAGCAGAGGACGGCCCCGACAUGUGGAUGGCCUCCCGCCCCCGCGUCCUCCCUCUGUGGCAUGAUGGGGGGUUGAUGUGGACGCGUCGCCUGCCUCUACAGUUGCUGGAAGAGCCCCGGCCGGGCUGCAGGCUGGGGAGGGAGUGCGGGGUUGACCACGCCUCUCUACACUGCCAGCUUUGGUGGGUAGGGGGGCAGCCUUGCUUGCUCGGCUGAAUUCUAGGGUGUAGGAGGAGUGGCGGGCACACGAGCCUCCCAGGUUCUCCCCGCGCUGGAAGCUGGAGCGUGGACCCUGGGAUCCCAGCCUUUACAUCCCUGUCUCUGCCUGAGUGGCCACGGCUUGGGGUCAGCCCACAAGACUGCAGGUCUCAGUCCUACACAAGGGGGAGGGUGGCUGCCCAGUCUGAGCCGUGGGCCCGGCCCUCCCGCUCUCACCCCUGCAUGUGGGGCAGCCCGGAGAGGGGCACAGACUUCCCCCAGGGUCACGGCCUGUUAGAGGCAGUGUGGGGGCAGGCCCAGCCAGCCUCUCCAUGCCCCUCUGCCAGCCGGUAGGCAGGCGAGGAUUGCAGCGGGGUGGCCGGAUGGUCCCUCUGCCCCCCGCCCUGCGCCAUCCAGCUGCUGCCCCCGCUGCGGGCUCCGGGCUUGCGGCUCUGCAGGGCCGAGCUUGGCCGCUCCUCGGGGUCUUGGCGGGGAAAGUGCAGAGCAGGCCUUCCUUCCACAAAGCCGCACUGUUCUCAGCAAAUCCUCCCAGGAUCAGGGUGCAUUUUUUUCAAGUGAUUCAGCAGCACGUGAAUGGGAAGGGCCUGAGCCCAAGGCUUCGGGAACCGUGACCGAGCCUCUGGCAUGAGAUCCCGUUGGGCUCCCAGGGAGAGGAGGGGUGUUGGGGCAUGAGUCGGGGGCUGAACAGCGAGCCCCCUCCCCAGCUUCUCUCUGCACAGCUGAGGAGCUCUUAGGGAUGGUUUCCUCGUGCUCCCCAGGGGGCCUGAGCCAGCGGACAGGAAGUGGAGGUGGGAACGCUGGUCUCCAUGGAGACGGGGCAUCCAGUGGACAGCAGCUCAUGGGAAUGUGCUAGAAUCUCAGAAGCCCCAGGGCUGGGGCCACACUGCUGUUUGCUGUCCAGUCACCCUCCCCGCCCCACCCUCGGCCCCCACAGACACACGUGCUUCGAGAGGCGGGUGAGCGCAGGCAUUCCCGCCACGGCCCGAGUCACACCGGCCAACCUUGCCCUCAGCCUGGACAGGCGCAGCCCUGCCCCAGAGCUGGGGAUGGUGGUCAUCUCCCCAGGUUGAGGAGGCUUUCAGGGACCCAAAGGUGGCACCGGGUCUGUCGGGGGUGCGGCUCAGACGGAGGGAGCCCCUGGUUGCCUCCUACCACCACAGGAAGAUUUUAAUUAUGAAAUGGUGCCUCCCCCCUCCUUUUUCUCAGUUCCCUAAAAGAAGUGAAUUGGCGGAAGUCGACCCCACUGCUGACUGAAAGCAGCCAGGCCCUGAAACCAGGGAAGGCAGGGCCAGGUGUCCUGGGAAAGCCCCCCCCCCACCACCGAGGGGCACCUGCAAAGGUGGGGUGUGGCCAGACAGCGGGGGCAGGUGGGGCUGGACGCUCCCAUGGACAUCUGGGUGCCCAGCCAGCGCUGACGCCACGCAUUCCUUGAGACAUCUCCCAGGCUGUUGGACCGCACCCCGUUUCCAUGUGCGGUUCUGUGGGGAGGGGUGUGGCCUUGAGACCCAGAGGGUCUGAGCGGGCCUGUGGUCCACGUGAGCUCGCUUCUCUUUCUCAAUCCCCAUGUGCCCCGUUCCCUGCCCUCCAGCUCGGGAGGUCACCCACCCUACUCACGAAGCAGAUGCAGUCCCGUUGGAGAGGUUCAAAACCGCCCUUACGAUGCCCCCCGAAGCAGGGAUCGCACAGUGGUGGGGGGCAGGGCGCUGAAAACGUGCUUGACUCCUUACAGCUCUUAUAGGGCAAAGCUGCAGCUGUUACUGAUGGGUGUGUCUGGGUGUGGACGGGGCCGUGGGGCACCCCUCGCUUUCCCAAGUCUGGCCCCGAGGGCUAGCGUUUGGGUGGGAUGGGGGCGCCCACGCUGCCCUCAGCCGGGCUUUGGACAAGCUCAUCAAAACUCCCAGGGACCUCAGCCAGCUCGACCAGCCGUGCAGCGUCACUUGUCUGCCCAAAAGGGACAAGAAAAUCCCAUCCCAGAUGCCAGCUGCCAGGUGCUUACAGUGUUACGGGGACGGUGGCUGCUCUGUGAUUGGAGGGUGUAAUGUCCAGAUCCGGAGCGCCCUGUUCUCUGGAGAGUGUGGACAAAAGCAGGGAACCCUGCAGCUGUCCCCAAGCCCCCCAGCGGAGUGGAGACCCCUGGAGUAAGGGGCACCUGGGCUUCCUCUGAAGAGGCCGGCAGGAAGACAAGUGGACCGAGGGACCCACGGAAGGUGUUUGCAGCCCGGGCAGCGCAGUGGCCCCGUUUCCACCUAAGACGUGCCCUUCUGCACACUCACCACCCUGAUGGCUCUCAGACCCCGGUGCCCAUGGUGGGCUUGGCUCAGCUACAUUCCCGUCACUGUGCAGGGUGACUCCCUCCCGAUUGGGGACAGGACAGGAGGGUCUUUGGCAGAUGUGCCGGGCCCCAUCUCUCCCUCCCCCUACACGAGUGGCACGGGGAACGGGCCCCCAGCGGAGGGACCCCAGGGCCAGGGCGAGGACGGAAGAGCAGAUCAGUGCUGUCCCCACAGGCAACGGUCUCGCUGUCGACCGUCCCGGGUUCCCGCUGGUGGCUGCGGUCCGCGGGCUGGGCUGAGAGGGGACGUGGCCUCCACGGACGUGAGCUAGCCCUGCCACUCUGAGUCAGGAUGCUGGUGAGACUCAGAUGAUUUGGGCGGGAUUUUGACCUUGUAUUUAGAGACGAAUGUUUUUUCCGAACCCCAGAGAUUCCCACAUCUCCUCUGGGCAAGGGCGUGAUUUUUCCUGAAGCCAGAAGCUCGGCGUUGGCCAGCACCCCGGCCUGGGAACUUAGCGUUAGCCAAGUGCAUCCAAACAAGCCCAUGAAGGUCUAAAAGUCAUGUUUUAACAGCCACAGCUUUACCUGGCUCUGGAAUUGGGAGCGGCUGCCCAGCAGAGUGGCCCCUUAGGGAAGUGUCCCAUUAGGAGAUAUUCGUGUAUGUAGCUCUCACGUGGGAGAGCUGCCCGGCUCACGGCAAGAUAGUGAAAACAACUCAGUGGGUGUGAAGUCAAUGAACUCGUUAGAGAAGUUUCUUUUUCUGAGUCUGGCUGCCCACAGGUUAUGGGGACGCCUCGUUCUUCUCCAUUGCUUCCUCAGGAAUGUCCAUGGACACAGUAGGACUCAGAAGGUGUCGGUGAGGUGCCAGCUGUGAGUGGGCAGGGGGUGAUUUGAAUCUCUGCCCAGGCUGGUCAAGCGUGCACCGCCCCCCCCACCGCCCCCGUCCCGGGCCGGCCCAGGCCACGUUGUAUGCUGAGGACACCCUAGGUUUCCCGAAAGCCCCUGCUGUUCUCACCCCACCCCCGCCCCAGGCAGCAAGAGGGACAGUCUGGCCUCCCGGGCCUUCCCUGAGCGGGCGUCCUCUCUCACAGUCUGAACGUAGCCUGUGUUCUUUGGAUCAUUGUCCCCGACCUUGACUCUCCACCCACCCAGCUCUUUUCCAUCCCAAAUCUGGCUGGCUGGACUAGGGAUUGUUUUGUAGGCUGCUAACGGGGGAAGUGACAUCAUGUGAUGUCCGUGGCCCAAGGGCUGGGGGCAGGGGCUCUGCGGUUGCGUGUGCUUUGAAUUAAGUCGACGGUUGUGCAUUCCAGUAGCCAACAUCUGGUGGUGAAUUCAUCAGCCAGUGUAUCACCCUUGAUCUCAAACCCAGAUGUUGUGUUAACGGCAGAAGGGGAAGAAAAAAAAAUCAGAGCAGCUCGGGGAGAAGCCAUCAUUUUUUAGCACAAAGCAGUUAAAACAGGAUCUUUAUAAAGCCUCUUGCUCCUGCCACUGCCUCUGGUUCCUACAGCCAGGGGCAGGCCCAUGGAGCAGAGCUGCUCACUGCUGGGGAGUGGACAGUUUGAGGGCUGGUCGCCCACCCGGGGCCAGGCACCCGGCCCAGCACAUAGUAGGUGUUCGGCAAACGUGUGUCCUUGCCUGGAUUUUAAUUUCCUCUCAGACUCUUGGUGUCUCUUUGCCUUUCCCCAGUCCUGGCCUUUAAGUGGCCCGGGGCCGAGACGGGCCCAUCUUUGACUUAGAGUGGCCUCCAUCCCAGAGCUCUGGGAUGCCUGUCCCCUGAGGUGUUGGAAAUGCCUUUCUGGAGAGCUCUCUGACUCCUCCCUGCCCACUGCUUGGUUGGAAAUGGCAUGCUUCUCUAUCCCCCCGUCCGCUGGUCUGACUUCCUAUCUGGGUUGGAUGCUCCUUGAAGGUCAUCUCUGUUACCAAAGACCCUCCCUCACCUUACCCCUUUCUCCCAUGGGCAGAAGGAGGCCCACGCUUUUAGGAUUUUACCUGAAAGGCAACUCAACCCCGAGCUCUGAGUCUGGCUGCUAAGAAAUCCCCACUCUGGCUUCAUGCUGGGGGCAGAAGGCUAAGGGUCAGAAUGUCCACAGCCAGAGCUGGCUGGGGUCCCCCAUGCGGCGGCUCCAGCCCUCCGACCCUGUGGGGCCCCUCUGCCUGUUUCCCCCAGGUCUCCUGCCUUCAGCUUGCCGGUGGGUCCUCCGGCUUUGAUGAAUUCAUUUGCAAUACCUUUGCUUAUACCCUUCCCCGCCCAGAGUGCUGAACCCGCAGCGUACCUGCUUCCCUGCACGGGCUGCGGCAUCUCCGUUGACAGGUGUACCCCUGGCACCUCUCCUUCGCAUCUGACGGUGUUGAUGUUUUCAGAAGAUUGCCAUAGAGCUGGUCUUUCUUUGCCCCUCUUGAUUCUCUUUCUUUCCUUCACGUUACCUCCCAUUUCGCAAGGUGGAGAGGAGGUUCCCACGCCGCAUUCAAAGACCCCGAGGAAUCUUGAGUUCUUAUUUGCGUGGACCAGCCCCGCUGCGGUUCCUCCUGGCCCCCACCCCCACGUCCCUGUAAGCCACAGGCAGCCUGGGAGCCGGUUCACAAGCUGGCCUUGACCCGCGAGUCUGCUCUGGAUCCUGGAUUCAACCAGUCCCUUCUUUCUGAUAAUUUAAAAAAGGAAAGCGUGUCAUCUGUAGCCCUAAAGCGAAACCAGCAAGUUAGGAAGCGGUGUCCGACCUAGAGCCUGGGAUUUGUGCUGACCUAGGAGUGCCAUCCGGACCCGAGCGGCCGGCGCGAUGUAGCUCUCCCAGCCUCCCACCUGCAGGAGUAGGAGAAUGUGUGCCAGGCACGGUGUGUCCCACGAUCCGGGUCCUCUACUCCCGGGGUAGCACAGGGGGCUGAUGGUGGCGGUGGCUCGGUGUCCGCUGUGAGUGGCUGUGCUUCCGGGGGGAGCAUCCAUGACCCUACACGGCGGGCAGGGGCCGAGAGAAGGGUCUAGCCCGGUGCCGCCCCACUUGACUAAGGAUUCGGACUGCCUGCGACCUUAGAGGCUUUUCUAGGAGAAAAUGCCUGGACCUGAAUGCGUGGAACAGGAUGGAACCUGCUCACUGGGGUUUUCUCAUUGCCGCGGGGGAGUUGAUGCAAGACCGGUUAUUCGUGGAUGAGGUGUCAUGUGGGGUAGCGGACCUCGGAAAAGUAGUUUGAAAAGGUGCGCCGAAUUGGGUGUGUCCUAGUAAAACCCAGCAGCCGUGCUGCUCCCAGAACCGCUGUCUCCCUUGGAUGUUCUGGUUCAUCUGCUACCACCAGCCCGUGACAACGCUCACAGCCCAGAGAUACCUGGGGCAUUGAUCUGGGGCAUUCAUCUGGGAUCGUUCGUGAUUUGCAUCAAGGUUUUCCCGUGUGGCAGUGCAUUAUGGUGUGGGUGAGGCAGGCAGUGAGAGAGACCACAGACGGACUCACCUGGGCUGCCUGGAUGUCUCCGGGACAGCCCGGUUCCAUCUGACCUAGUGGGCCCCGACUAUGGUGAGAACGUAGCCUCUGCCCGGUAGAAGCCCCCUGAGCCCACAUUUACAGGUGCAGGCAUUUAUAGCAGGAUGGAAGAGAGAUGUGGACCGUGCCAAGGGCUGCAGGAGGACAGGAUCUCCCAGAGCAAGACAGGAAAGGGUAAUUUUAUCUGGGUUUUGAAGGAUGCAUAGAAGUUCUCCUGGCAGGGAGGGCUAGAUGGUCUUCAGGGCAGAAGAGACUUGUCUGUCCAGAGGUGGGGACACCCCUCGGCGUUUUUGGGUUCAAGGGACCCUUAUGGACGGGCAGAACAGCAGGACGGGAGCAGCUGGGGUCAUGGAGAGACCUGCUGGCUGGCACCAGGUUGUGGAGGGUGUCCUGUUUUAGAUGAGGGCAGUGGGCGGCUGAGGAAGAUGUUUGAGCCUGGAGGGAUGCAGCUAUAAAAAGUCUGCUGGCACUUGGGGUGGAGAAGGAGGAGCCACUGGACACAGGCUGACCCACUCCCAAGGGCAGAGCCUUCUGUUGAAUGUGGCCCACUGGAUGGCAAUUCCUAGAUGUGGCUUUGCAGGUUGGGGCCUGGCUUAGCCUGAGAAACAGGAACCUGCGCUUCGUGACUCAGCUCCAACAGAAGAAGUAAUAAGAAUGGGGUUUGGGUCUGGGUGGGAUCGGAGAGGGAUGGCGUGGGCUGACCUUUGGUGACAGGCUGGGGCCCAAGGGAGGGGCACAGACAGGAUGCACGUGCCUCGGCUUCCCUGCUCCGUGGGCAAGACAGCCCUGGCCAGGGGGUUCCAAGACGCGAGCUGCCUGCCUGGGGCUGGAGGACGGAGGCGCCUCUGUGCCUGGCUCUGUCUCUUCCUUACUGCUCUGCUCUGCUUUUGUCCACAUUAACCUAACUCUCUCCCAAGUGACCCUGCACAGCUGAGCUGUGGAGGGCAAAGCUUUUAAAGCCAUUAAAGCAGGCGGUGUCACCAGCCGAUAAGCUUCCAGAUGAAACAGAGGAGGGCUGGGCCCCAGGGACACGUGAGCAGCCGACCCUCCCUGCCUCAGGGUGCAGGCUGGGGCCAGGUCCUGGCGUAAUUGCUGGGAGGACGCCCUGUGGUGCAUGGCCCACGAGCAGCCUCAAGGUCUGGCCAACAUUCCAGAACCUUCCCAGCCGACCUCUUCCCCUGUCCUGCAUCUUGUCAUGGUCUGGGAUCAUUUUCUUUCCGUUUGGCCUCCCUCCCUGGCACCUGCCCCGUGGGUCUGCCGGUGGGGCCUGGGAAUGUUUCCUUUGGGGAGAGGGGCGGCCAGAGCGCUCUGACCCUUCCUCUGUUGUGCCCUUGAUAGGAUGUGUUGUUGUUUUUAUAAAGAAUCACCCACAGGACAUUCUUCAGGGUCACUUUAAGGACAGAUGAGGCAUAGCAGGCCAGAACCUUCAGAUGUAAGACCCCCAAACCCAGAUGCGAUGGGGCCUCCCGUUAGCCCUCCACCCUCAGCCUGGAAAAGCCUUCGUGGAGCUGGCAGUGGCUGGAGGCUGGGCGGUGUCAGGACUCUCACCAUCCUCCAUUGCAGGGUGACAAUCGUGCCCAGUUAAUUCGCUUAACUGCUUCCCCAGCCGUCCAAGAAUAUUCACCGGAGAGAAUUUUAAAAAGCCCCCAAGCCCUUGAGCGUAGCAUCAAGGAAGAGUUUUAUCAGCGACCGCCUCAGGAAGCCGGCUCGCCCUGCGAGACCAGGCUCCUGCUGCCCCUGACAGCGUCCUUGUCGAAGAAUCCUGGGACCGGAGGGGUCUCAGAGCCCCACCUCUUGCCCCCGCCCCGCUCCACGGUGUGGGGAGCGACUCGCUUGCUCCUCCCACCCCUCCUUGGCCCCAGGACGGUGUUGCGGGGGCUCUGCU